CUUCAGCACUUCAACUUCCGGUUCCAUUGUGGGGGACAUCCGCCAUCCAACUGUCACCUAGCCCGGCUGCCAGACUGCCUCUGGCCUCUCUAGUCAUCUAAUCCUAGAAACUCUCUGAGGACCCAGCCGCCUCAGCCGCCAUCCGCGGGUGUUCUAUCCACUAUGCUGCCAGCCGCGAUGAGUGACUCACAAGUGCUCCAGAACUACCACCCCGACUGCGAGGCCGCCAUCAACUUCCAGGUCAACCUGGAGCUCUACGCCGCCUACAUCUACUUUUCCAUGGCUUCGUUCUUCGAUCGAGAUGAUGUGGCCUUGAAACACUUCGCCCAGUACUUUCUGCAGCAGUUCCAGAAGGAGAGGGAGCACGCCGAGAAGCUGAUGGAGUACCAAAAUCUGCGAGGGGGCCGCAUCCGUCUCCAUGAUUUCCAGAAGCCGGAACGCGAGACCUGGAACAGCGGCUUGAAGGCCAUGGAGUGCGCCCUGCACCUGAAGAAGAGCGUUAACCAAAACCUGCUGAAUCUGCACCAGCUGGCCACCCAGAUGCGAGAUGCCCACCUGUGUGACUUCCUGGACCGCCGCCACCUGCAUGAGCAAGUUGUAGCCAUCAAAGAGGCCGCGGACCAUCUGACCAACCUGCGGAAGAUGGGGGCUUCGGAAUCCCUCAUGGCAGAGUACUUCUUUGACAAGCUCUCCCUGAGUGACACCGACAAGCACUGAGACUGGACUGUCUGGCCCGUAGCACGGGGAGCCUGAUGCCUUCCCCCGGCUCACCAUCUGGUGCAUGCAUUUUGCAAUAUUGCCUUUCAGAAAGUUCAUUUCAGUUUUUUUUGUUUUCUUUUUUCUUCCCUUCUUUCAGUUUUACCAGUUUCCCAGUAAAGUUAUUGGUUCUUAAAUAAAGUUCUCUGUUUUAUGUG